CAUAAUGCAUUGCGCAUAAAUGGCCGCCAUGUUGCUGCCGUCUGAAAGAUGUUCACAUCUGUGUCUGUUUACUAAUGAAUUUUAAGAACUUUAAUAGCUAAAUUACUGUGUUUGUGAAAUUGUGAGUGUACAAUGGUUUUAUAUUACAUACAUAUUUGUGAUUAAAAAGUCUGUCAAAUGUCUCUGAAGCCAAUAAACAGUGAAAUUUUCUUUAGGUAGUCAUUCGAGUCAGACGGCAUAAUGGCUGACAAUCUGAUUCAAAAGUCACAUAAAACUAGUGAAAAAAACAAGUAUAACAACGUCGUUCAUCGCACUACGAGUGAAUCUCUUCGACUGAACGAGUCGGAGAAGGGAGUGACUCACCCGACGAGUCUUCAAUCCACCCAUAACCCAAGGAAAAUAUCUUCCUUUCAGAUAACCAGUGUGACUGUUGGCUCUCGGGUGAGCACUGAUGCAGGCGAGGAUUCUGCGGACGAUCUAGACGAAUCUCACACCGACGACAUCUCGAGGGUGACGGACAUAGAGAAUGAAACGCCGAGCUACUCGGAGGACACCUUCUCGAAAGACGACGUAUUUUACAACGCGUCGAGUGCAUCGUUAGGCUGCGCGCCCGUCAUCCCGACCAGCUCGCAGUACGGGCUCGCGAUCGUCGGCCAGGGCGACGCGGCCGCGCCACUGGGAGGAGGAGUGCCAAAUAGUAAUAGCGCAGAAGCGAAUGAUAUGCACGUCAGCGUCACGAACGCGGCUGCCGGCAGCGUCAUCAACCUCAUCGGCAACUCCAAGCCGCAGGAAGGUAUGAAGGAGAUACAAGAACAUGUGCGGAAUGAAAGGUUUAAAGUUGUUAAAAUCGAAAGCACUGAGCCUUUUCGUCGUGGUCGGUGGAUGUGCAUGGAUUACCUCGACCAUACUACAACCCAACCAAAUGCUACUAUCACUCUCAAUAACAACAUAGAUGUAACAGAGACUAAUGUGUUGCAAGCUCCCGACAGUGGUGUGGUUAUAAACGAUAGUCAACACGAUGAAAUGUGUAAUGAUUUGUCCAACAAAGGGCCUAAAGAUCAAGUAAGUGUUGUACAGCAAAUGGAACAAUGUGUUCAGAAACAAUUCCCUAUGGCUUCCCCGGGACAAUCUUUGACCCAACCUAUCAAUAUAGUUCAACAACAAAUGCCCGUCAACCAGGCGAUGUCUGUACAAUCUCCUCCUCUAGAGGUGCCGCAACAAAUGCCAAAUCAGAACAUGCAGAAUAACCAGCAAGUUGGUCAACAGCAUCCACAAAGCAUGACACACAUCACAAUGCAAAAUGCAACACAGAGCCAUCCGCCGCCCACCCAGCAACAACAGGUACAGCAAAUACCACAAAGCUAUCCCCAACACCAGCUGCAACAAGUGAUAGCCCAAUCGCAAGUUAUGGCACAAUCUCAAGGCAUUGCCAUGCAACAAAUACCAAUGCACCAGCAAAUGCCACAACAAAUGCAGCAAAUUCCUAAUCAGCAAAUGCAACAGAUGGGUCAACAUCUACCCCAAGCUCAGCUCACUAAUAUGCAAUUACAGCAGCAAAUGCCUCAGAUGCAAGGCAUACCCAACCAAGGGCAACUAACCCAAGUUGCUGGACAACCACCCCAAAUGCAACAAAUUCAAAUGCAACCUAUGCAAGGCCAGCCAAACCAGCAACAAAUACACCAAAUGCAACAAGCGCAGAUACCUAAUAUGGGACAAAGUCAUCACCUCCAGAGUCAGCAAGCGAUGGGCACACAGCAAGCCCAGUUGCAACAUUUGUCUAGUCAGGCCCAAAUGCAGGCAUUGCAGAAUCAACAAAUGCCAAAUCACAUUCAACAAAUGCAGAUACCUCCUCAAUUAUCUGCCAACCAACAGAUGACCCAAAUGCAAACUCAAAUGCAUCAGUUGCCAUCCCAGCCGCAACCGAUACACCCUCAAAUGCAACAGCAGGGAAUGACUGUCGCUCAGCCACAGUACAACCAAGCAGUGAAUCAACAACCUAAUCCUCAGACCAUGAUCAAUGCAACAAUACCAUCACAACAACAACCAAUGGUUCAACAACAACAUAAUGUUCCUCAGUACCAUGCACAGCAAUCUCAGAUGCCACAGCAGGGACAGACCUUGCCUCAAGAGGUGCUGACUAGUAUUGUAACAUCACAACAAGGUGCAACUCUCCCAACUAAUCUCCAGCCAAUGGCCACACAACCCCAAGGUUCCACAUUGCCGGCCAAUCUUCAGAUGGGUGGACAGCAGCAGACCGCAGUGCAUACCAUGGCUCCGCAGCAAGGAGGCAUGCAGCAGGGGAACAUUCAAAUUAUGACAGCUCCGCAGAACAUGCAGAUGACUCUAGAUGCAAAUCAGCCCAGUAUGCAGUUACCUGCCUCAGAUCCUAUUUACAUCCAGCCCACUAAUGUCGGUCAACAGAUGCCAACACACAUGACUCAGCCACAAAAUAUGUUGCAACAACAAGUAAGCGGGCAGGCGCAGAUGGGCGGAGUGCAAUAUGUUCCUAACCAGCCCGUGGCACAGAUGUCUAUGGGGCAGCCUAAUAUUCCCAUGUCAAUGCAACAGAGCAUGCCCGUCGGAAUGGGUGGAGGCGUCCAUGCGAAUGUGGUGCAAUCUCAGACCAGUAUGGCUCUCGGAUACGGUGGUGUGGUGCCUGUGAUGUCCCAGAGUAGUGUAGCGCCCGUUGAGGCGACCGUGUCCGGAACUAACUCGCCAGUCGUGUCCAUGCCAGUCAGUUCUGCCGCGUACGUGACCAACGCACCGCAGCCGGUGCAUGACAGUCAGGGCUUCGGCAGCCCCGUGAGUGCAGUGGUGUCUCAUGCCAUCAGUGGCGCAGUGGUGAGCAACGUGAAUGUGAAUGCGAGUGAUAGUGGUGCUCCAGAUGUGGCUCCGGACAUCCAGGCCACAGACACCGGGGAUGGCAAGGAGGAUAGUCAGGCCGCUCCGCCACCGGAGGAUGAAAGCAUCAGCGGCUUGGCGUUGGCGCUGGGCGGCAGCGGCAGCGGCAGUCCAACGGCGGUGGACGCGAGAGGAUCCACCGCGACCUCCCGCGCGCCCUCGCCUCCGCCCUCUGAAAGACAGCAGCUUACCAGCGCUUCAGGCACAAGCGCCGUGGCCAUCGACAACAAGAUCGAGCAAGCUAUGGAUCUGGUCAAGAGCCACUUGAUGUUCGCGGUGCGCGAGGAGGUGGAGGUGCUGAAGGAGCGCAUCGCGGAACUGAUGGAGAGGAUCAACCAGCUCGAGGUGGAGAACAGCUACCUGCGCGCGCACGCGAGCCAGGACACGCUGGCGCAGCUGCCGGCCGUGGGCGCCAAGCCGCCGCCGCAGCCGCAGGGCCCGCAGCCGCCCGCGUCGUAGGGCGCCGCGUGACACCGCCGCGCGGCCCGCCCGCCGGCUGUGCCCGCCCCCCGCGCGCCGCCCGAGCGCGCGCCCGCUGACCCGCGCGCGCGCCCGCCGGCCCGCCUCGCGCGCCGCGAUGUAGUUAGCGCGUCGCCCGCGUCACCCGCGCUCGCCGAGCUUCGACAUUACUGCUUGGAUCUAAUAGAAGUAUAUUUUCCCGUUAUUUAAUCUUUAGGGUGCAGAAUUUCGCCACGCUUCCGCUACGCAUCUCGGCGACGCCUCGUCCACGUAACUGAUUCACGAUACAAAUACUUUCCGAUCGGUGUGUCCACCGCAUACGGGAUACGUGCGACUGUGAGCACCGACGUUCGUAACGUGUACCUACUACUGCGCAUAACAUUAUAUCUCUAAGUCGUGUGUUUAUAUGAUAGAUAUAUCAAUUAAAAUAAAAUAGUUAAAUAAUACACGCAUUAUUGAACAAUGACUGUUAAUUUAUUUAAUAUUUUUUUAAAGGUACCUAUUGUAAGUUAAGUUAUUUAUCGAGUUUUAAAAAGAAACGUAUUGUAACACAAUAAAAUGACAUUGUGAUGUGAACUUGACUCUGCAGUUAGUUGUUUUAUGGAUUUAUGAAUAAUGUGUAUUUUAGGUUUUAUCCGUUAGAUUGAAGAGAUUCUUAGAUAUGUGCGAGCGUUUCCGUUGAUUGUUGAAUAUGCUUUGGUCCCUGAAUGUAUACAGACAGAUACGUUCUUGGGUUUUAUAAAAUUUGUUAAUAUUAUUGCUAUAUUAUACAUUUCUUGCAUGUCAUUUCCCCACAAAAUAAAUUGGGAGUUCCAUUAAUGUUAUUGAUUGACUGUUAAGUUAUAUACGAAGAUUCAUCGCAUUUUUAUAUAUACCAUACGUCUGAAGUUUCUACCGGUUGCUUACAGAACUAUAAAUGAAUAUUUCAGUAUGUUUUCCGUCAGUAUUUCCUCGCCAUCGAAAAUUCAUGUUAACCUUUAGGCCUCUCAUGAAAUGAUCUGUCCAUAGGUCUUGAAUGUGUGAUGUUUCGUUUAGUCGUUAGUUUAAUGAAAUACAGUUAGUAAUGUUCGGAGAUACGGUCAGCAGUUGAUGUUAGUUGCUAAAGAUUAAAGAGUCGUUUAGAAAAUAGCCGUUGCGAGAGUGGUAGUCUCUUCAACGCUGGCUUUAGUGGAUUUUGCACGCUGAAAUUAAAAAUAAUGAAAAAAAAAAACAAACUAUUUUUAUUCCAACCCUAUACUUAUAAACGAUAAUAGAUAGAGGUUACACUACAAGUUUUAAAAAGAAACGAUUUACAUUGUAUUUUUUUAAUGAUUAUAAAAAUUGUUUGUAUAUAUAUAACUCGUAUUAGUUGUAAAAGGCGCGAGUAUGUUGUAAAUAGUCGACUGAGGAUGUCUCGGAGUAUUUAAACGCUCUGCAGGAUGGACUGUAGUUAAGUCAAACGCUGUAUUUAAAUUUGCUUUAUUGUUUAUCGUUGAAUAUAAUCGAACAAAAUGGCUGGAUCGUGUAGUUAGACUAGACUGCGGGACUGUUAGACAGAGUGCCAGCGAAUGUGACUAAUUCCUAGUAAUUAUAAUAUAGUAUUUUGUACAAGGCUACUUUUACUACAUUUGUGUAUAGAUGUUCUAUGAGCUGUUUAAUUAAUUAUUGUGAAUACUUAUUCAGUAAUUUACUCCAUUUAUUAGAUAUGAAAUUAUAUUAUGAUUCUGAUAUUGUAAAUAUACUGUAAACAGAAUGUCCAUUGUAGCUUAUGUUGACCACAUGGUUCCUCGUACCCAAUAAAUGCAAAAUUACUCGAA